AUGGCUGCGAAAAUACUGGGAGAGGGGGCGACCCUCACUAAACCCCCACUCGAAGCUGGCCCUUUUGUCCUCCGAAGCCUUCUCCAUGAUGUGCCAUUGUCGGCCGAUGGUGGUGAGGAGCGUAUCAGAAUAAACUGCGUUGACUACUGGGAAAGCAACCUGUACAUAGGCACCUCUGCCUCGGAGCUGCUCCAUUUCGUCCAGAUACCUCCAGAUCCCACAGACAAGAACAGCACCUCGACGUUUAUUCUUGCAUCACGCCUGCAGCCUUUCUUCGUCGAGUCAGCAUCAUCUGGUGCCCAACCUGGCGUGCAGCAAAUCCUGCUACUUCCCAGGGUUGGAAAGGCAUGCGUACUUUGUAACUCAACUGUUACCUUCUACUCUCUUCCUGAGCUGAGCCCAGUAUUCAACGAGAUUAGCGUCAAGGGAUGUAAUUGGAUCGGCGGCGUUGACCUCAACCAGGAGGCUGCCGCAGCAGGCAAUACUGGCGGCACCGUUUCGGUGCUGCUAUCCCUCAAUAGACGCAUACAGGUCGUCAAUGUCGGCGAAGAGCAUGUACGCGGGAGCAGGAAAAUCGAUUUUGCGGGCAGCACCCUGUCCGUUCGCAGAGAUAGCAUUGCCUGUGUGGCCGAUUCGAGGACAUAUGCGCUUGUGGACGUCGAUAGACAGCUCAAAAUCCCGUUGAUGAGCAUUUCGUCCCUCGAUACUUCGCAAAGCCCUAGCGACAUUGGGCAUGUACAGAGCAUUGCUGCGGCUCCCGAUGUUAACAGUGGUGGCGGCCUCACUAGAAGCGCAUCGUCCGCGACUGCUCGACCCAGCCAUCUUUCGACUGAUAGAGCCGCGGGUCACAGCAGAAGUACAAGUCUCGGGACCUUUGGUACUGGCGCUUCGGAAGGCCAAGGCUCGGCUGCUGGCGCCGACGCGGAAUUGACUGACUCGAAGAGUCCUGGCGGACCAAGUCCAUCUAGAAGUCCGGCGCCAGAAGCUGACGCAUUGUCAAAGCCCCCGCCGCCGCCACCAGAAACAGACAAACCCUUGCCCCCUAUACGGCCCACAGCUCCCGAGCCAGCACCUGUCCUCCUCAGGCCGCUGAUAGUAUCGCCAACACCGGAGGAAUUUCUGUUAGUAACAGGCACAGGCCCAUCAGACCCAGGAAUUGGCAUGUUCGUGAACCUUGAUGGAGAUCCGACGCGGCCUACGCUUGAGUUUGAAAGUUACCCGAGCCAGAUAGUAGUGGAUGGAGGGUCCCAAGAUUUAUCAACCUCAACACCUUCAUUAGGUUUGGAAGAAGAAGGAUAUGUGUUGGCAUCCCUGAUUAAAGAGGUUCCAAAAGGUGGCUACAGACGUGGCCUGGAGAUACAGCGCUGGGACGUGAAUAUUGGCGAGAAUGAGCCUGAAAAAUACUGGCUCGAUGUGGACGAAAUCACUUUGGAGAAUGAGCAGUCAGAGGAUGCAGCUCCUCCUGAGCCCCUGGGCAUUCGCAGUCUCCUGGGCAGCGAGGAGUCCAUCCUGAAUGAAGUGGUAGACCGCCUCUGUCAAAGGCGCUUUCUGCCAUUUUCAUUCGCGGGCAACGCACUCAACGCGUCGACCCUGUCUCUACGGAGUCUAGACGCGCGGACGGCUUCAUCAAUGGAGCGCGUCUCAAAAGAGCGCGAUCUCUUCGAGCGUGACCUUGACUCUCCGGACGAAGAUCCGCUCCCAGAAGGCUGGGAGGCUGCACGAAACGCGGAGGAGGAAAGCUCAGUUGUUCGUUUAGCCAAAGUUGUCGGGAGAUUGGCAGUAUGGGAAGACAACCAUAUCUGGUGGGCGUUGAGAAACCCUCUCUUGUUGCAGCUCGAGGCGGGAAUUGAGGCAAAUCCACUCGACUGCGACAAAAGCCAUGUCACCUCGACGAAUGCAGCCAAGGAUCGUCGCCAGCUUUUCGCCAUCCUAAACUCUUUCCGCGGUAGAGAUGCCAGAACAGAACUGGAGUUUCUAACGUUCAGCUACAUUAGGCAACGAGCAGGUAUUCUCCUAUUCUGUAGCUUCCUUGACUUGCCGUCUGAAGCACCCUUCUCCGAGCCAGAACUCAGGGCGCUUGAAGAAGUUUUGCUGGAUUCUGGCUUGGAUCCCAGAGUUGUCCUGUCUCUGGUUCCUGGCCUGCGGCAUGAGAUUGUUCAGGGCCGUACAGGCAUAUGGGUAUUCGGCGGUGUCAAAGGCACUGUCGAGAGGUACCUGGCCGGAAAUCCUUUCAAUAAGGCCGGGCAAGAGGCCGUUUCUAACCUGGAUCACCGCAUACUUCAAUUUCUUCGACGCUUCCUCACCGCCUGUCGCAAACGAAAAGGAUUCGGUAGCGUCCGGGACGAGCAGGAGGUCUCACGGACGGUGGAUGCCUCUUUGCUGGAGGUGCUUCUAGAACUUGACAAGGAAUCUCCACCCGGCUUACCACGAGGUGGACCGUCUUCAUCUACGCGAGCCGAGGUCAAUGAGUUAGUAGAUCGUGGAGUGGACUGCUUCGAGCGUGCUGUUGAUCUGCUGGAAUCUUACAAUCGGCUUUAUGUUCUGAGUCGACUCUACCAGAGCCGCAAAAUGGCUAGUGAAGUGCUCGCUACGUGGCGACGCAUCAUCGAGGGCGAGCGAGACGACGGAGGCGAGUUUGAAAAUGGCGAGCAGCGCGUCAGAGACUAUCUGUCGAAAGUCAGCAACCAAGGCCUCGUCAGGGAGUAUGGCGUGUGGCUGGCCUCGCGCAAUCCAAAACUAGGGGUUCAGGUCUUUUCCGACGACCAUGGUAGAGCGCCCAAAUUUCACCCCGCAGAUGUUGUGUCCUUGCUUCGCGAGGAGGCGCCUGAUGCUGUCAAAUACUAUCUAGAGCACCUGGUAUUCGACAAGGGGCACACCACCUACGUCAGCGAGCUGGUGAAUCACUACUUGGAUGUGGUGAUGACAGAUCUUGAAAUUUCAUCAGAGGCCAGAGACAACGUUGCAGCAAUAUAUAAAGCUUACCGGGCACUACAAGCUCCAAAGCCAACAUUCCGCCGGUUCCUGACUGAGAAUGCACCUCCAGGGGAUGAGGCUUGGCAUUCGCGGCUGCGUUUACUACAACUACUGGAGGGCCCGCAUGAGUAUGAUGCCCGAGCAAUACGGGAGCGCAUAUCUCGCGGGCAGAGGAAACAACAGCAGCAAGGCCAAGAUUCUGGUGAAGCGCAAGAGACUUUGGACACGCAAGGAGAUGUUUUGCUCGUACCAGAGACUAUCAUACUGGAUGGCCGGGAAGGUCGCCACGAGAGUGCGCUCCGGUUGCUUAUCCACAAGCUCGGAGAUUACGAUUCUGCCGUGCUCUAUUGCCUCCGUCAGAGGCCUUUACCCGACUCCAACAAGCCAGCAUCAAACCUUAGGAUAGAGGGCUCGACGGAGGACAAAAAGAAGCAAAGGGUGGAAGCAGAGAGUGCUGCGCAAACUGCAGCAGUCGCCACUACACGCGCCCUAUUCCGCACGGUUCUGGGAGAGUUUUUGGCCCUCGAGGAUGUCGGCGACCGACUGGAACAGACUGGGGCAUUACUCGAACGGUUCGGGGCAUGGUUCGAUGUGCUGGAAGUCCUUGAGCUUAUUCCAAACAGUUGGGUCAUUGACGCCGCGUUAUCGGAGUUCCUCGUGAGCGCGCUGCGAAGACUUGUUCGUGAACGCCAUGAGGGUAUGGUUUCCAGGGCCCUGAGCUCUGCUGAAAACCUGAGGGUCAGGGCAGAGAUGGUGGCAAAGAUGGAUGAAAAAGGGCCGGUUGUUGAUACUGGAGGCGGUCAGGAUGAGGUAGAGAUGACUUGA